AGCCACUUGGAGCGCAUCUGGCCAGUGAAAGUGCCCAUUGACUUGCAUGAACAGAGAGCCAGAGGCAGCAGCCAGGGACUGAGGCUUGGCCAAGGUGAGAGGAAGCCAGUUCAUUAGGUUACUUUGUCUUUGAGGAAUAUGGAGCCUGUCCUGAUGGGAUCCCAAACCGUCAUGUCCCUCACCGAACUCCUCUUAGCCUUUGUGGUCUUCUGUCUCAUUUUGGUGGCCGUCAAAUCUUUCUGGCGGCAGAUCCCGCCAGGGCUGAAGAGACUCCCUGGGCCGAAGGGAUACCCGCUCAUUGGCAACAUCUUGGACCUGGGGAAAAAUCCUCAUUUGUCUUUGAACCAGAUGCGCCAGAAAUACGGCGACGUGAUGCAGAUCCGCAUCGGGACGAGGCCAAUCCUGGUUCUGAGCGGCUUGGAGACCAUCCGGCAAGCCUUGAUCAAGCAAGGAGAAGACUUUGCGAGCCGACCCAAUCUCUACAGCUUCCAGUUUGUCGGAGAAGGCCAAAGCCUCACCUUUGGGUCAUGUCCUGCAGAAGUUUGGCGCUCCCGUCGGAAGGUGGCCCAGAACGCCUUGAAGGUCAUCUCCAUCGCGGCCAAUGAAACCUUGUCAACUUGUCCGAUGGAGGAGUUUGUGUCCACCGAAGCGGACUCCUUGGUUGUGAAGUUCCAGGAGCUGAUGAAGGAGAAGAACAGCUUUGAGCCUUACCGGUACCUGGUGGUCUCCGUGGCCAACGUCAUCUGCGGCAUGUGUUUUGGCAAGCGAUAUGACCACGAAGACCAGGAGCUGUUAAGUUUGGUGAACAUCAACAACGAAUUUGGAGAGGCCGCGGCUUCUUGCAAUCCGGCCGACUUCAUCCCUCUCCUCCAGUAUCUUCCCAACCAAACCAUGAAGGUCUUCAAGGACCUCAACAAACGCUUUGGGGCUCUUGUGGAGCGGAUUGCCAAGGAACAUUACACAACCUUCGAUAAGAACAACAUCCGAGACAUCACCGACUCCCUGAUUGACUACUGGCAGAGCAAAAAAGUGGACGUGAAUGCCAAUAUCCAACAGUUGGAUCAAAACAUUGUCCACAUUGUGGGCGAUAUUUUUGGAGCAGGGUUUGACACUGUGUCCACUGGCUUGUCUUGGUGUCUAAUGUAUCUGGUGACUUAUCCAGAAAUCCAGAAGAAAAUUCAAGAUGAACUAGAUCAAAAUAUUGGCCGAGAAAGGAAAGCCAGGCUGUCCGAUCGGAACGUGUUGCCCUACACAGAAGCGUUUAUCUUGGAGAUGUUCCGGCAUUCCUCUUUUAUACCUUUCACCAUUCCUCACUGCACAACUAAGGAUACGGCACUGAACGGCUUCUACAUCCCUAAAGACACUUGUGUAUUUGUCAACCAGUGGCAAGUCAACCAUGAUCCGAAACUUUGGAAGGAUCCUUUUGCUUUCAACCCGGAGCGCUUUCUGGCUGAGGACGGGUCCGGAAUAAACAGAGCCGAGGGCGAAAAGAUCCUGACCUUCGGCUUGGGGAGAAGGAGGUGCAUCGGGGAAAACAUCGGCCGGAGCGAGAUCUUCCUCUUCUUAACCACUUUGGUGCAGAAGCUGGAGUUCAGCCUGCGCCCGGGGAAAGAGGUCGAUUUCACUCCUCAGUACGGGCUCACCAUGAAGUUCAAGAAGUGUGAGCACUUCCAGAUCAAGACCCGUUUCUAAAAACGGCCGUGGACAUCAAGACUUUGAGCUCUAGUCGACAUGUAUUGAGGAUUUCAACUUUGGUGUAUGCUAAGCACAUACCUAGUUGCCCAAAACACUUAACGUGCCUUAUAUUGCGCCAAAAUGCUAAUGUGUAUGUGUGUAAAAGAAAUCCCUUGAAAUAAAUCCUUGCAAAAGUUGGUUUGCAAAGGGAACUCUGCAAAAGAGCUCAGCCUUUUUGCAGAGGCAAAGCCACACCUAAAACAAUGUAUCUGUUUGAUAGCAGGUGGCUGAGAAUGUCAGUUGGGAAUCUGGGCUUCAAGAGAGAGCACAUGAAAGUCAGGCUCUCUUGCUACAGUCAAGCAGCUGUUUUGAAUAUGCUAUGCUGUAUAUAUUGAUGCUGAUUGAUAGGUUAUUGAUCUUAUGCAACUACAUGGACAUUGUAUGAUUGCAGAACUGUUUUGUAUUUCAACUCUACAAGCAAGAGUAAAGUUUUCCUUUGUUCGUUUCAA